UUGUCAGUUCCCGUUCCUACCGUUGAGGCCAAGCUGGCCCAUGAUUGUUUGAGGUCGGUGCCUCUGCACAAAGAGGCCGCCAUUCAGCUUGUCGACUCCAUCCGGCCGUACGUGGAAUGGCAGUCGGAUCUGCCUUACUUGAAGAGCCCGCCCAAAGAUUACGAGCCUGGCCCGUUUGACAUUAUUGGUCAUCUUGAAAAGAUCCGAGGAAACCUGGCAACGGACAAAUACAACGGUGAGUUGGCUUUUCAGCAAGACUUGUUUGCCAUGACAGCUCAAGUUCGAGACGGCCACUUUCAGUUCAUGCCCGACGCUCUGACCGGAGUAUUCGAGUAUCUUCGUCCAUUCGGUUUAGCUUCGUACAGCAAAGACCCCGUCUCAUUACCGGUCAUCAAGAAAUGGGAGGAAGUUGGCGCAAAGCAAGAUGCAGCUAGAGUCAUCACACGACUCAAUGGGGUUGUUGCUUCUGAUUUCGUGCAAGGAAUCGUCGACUUGGCCUCCGGAAACCAAGAUAUGGAUGCCGCAUACAACGCAAUGUUCUUUUCCCGGGCCAAGUUGAAUGUUGGCAGCGUCUCAGGGCUUUUCAGGGCUGGCGGUUGGCACAAGUAUCUAUACCCUGGCGAGAAUACGACGGCCGAGUUCGAAACUGGAGAGGUCGAGUCCGCCGUCAACACCGCUCUCGUCAAAGCCAACUUCGAGGGCGUGACUGAUGGCGAGUCGUUCUAUCGGAAGUUCUGUGCCGGAAAGCCGAGCUCAGUGGGACCUGCGGCUCAAGGGUCGACGAUGGAAGCCAUACAGCUCCCGGGGUACCCUCAACCUAUUCUGCGUAGCGCCGACGACAAGGUGUCUGGCUACUACUUGCAAGGCGACGGCGUCAACGAUGUGGCCGUGCUGUACAUCUCGGGCUUUGAUCCAAGGAGCCCUAGAGUUUUUCAAAAGACGGUGGAUCUUUUCCUGCAAGAAUGCAAGAUGGCCGGGAAAUCGAAGAUCAUCAUCGACUUGCAAAUGAACGGAGGCGGCUAUGUCUUGCAAGGAAUCGACCUGUUUCGGCAGUUCUUCCCGAACAUCGAGCAGGAUGGCCUCAGCCGAUGGCGUGAAAACGACCAGUUUCUAGCAUUGGCCAAAAUCGUUUCAGAUGCCGGCGAGAACAUCGACCCCCGAACGACUCCAAGCUAUGAGGCAGUGAUGCUUUCACAAAACUGGUGGAAUUACCGUUACGACUUGAACAUUUCGGGAAAGCCAUUCGAAUCUUUCGACGCCAAGUACGCUCCUCAAAUGUCUGCCGGCGACCCAUACACGGCUCUUUUGCGAUGGGACCUGGAUAAUAGUUUGACAACCGUCAACGAGACGUUCGGGCUUGGCAUCGAUAUAACUGGGUAUGGAAGUCGCCGAAACUUCACCCAGCCUUUCGAGAUUGAGAACAUCGUCUUGUUGACGGAUGGCUUCUGCGCGUCAACCUGCUCGAUCUUCGCGUCGCAGAUGCAGAUACCAGGAAAGGUCAAGACCGUUACGUUUGGCGGCCGUCCGACGAAGAAACCCAUCCAGGCAGUUGGCGGCGUCAAAGGUGCCCAGGUACUGCGAUAUGGCGACAUUUGGAAUAUGACGCAGCAAGUGUUGUCGUCAGAGCUGGCAGUCGUGUCUGAGGAACAGAGUGCGUCCCUCUCCCAGCUUUCCGACUUGCCUUCCCGUCGCAGCACAGAAGCCCGACUCAAUGUGCGUGAUCAGAUCUUGCGCGGGAACGUGGCGGACGGCAUUCCUGCUCAGUUCGUGAAUGAGCCUGCCGACUGCCGUCUUUUCUGGACGCUGCCUAUGCUCGGCGAUGUCACUGAGGUCUGGAAGGCCGCAGCCAACGCGGCCUGGAAUGGUGCGGGCUGCGCGGUCGGCGCAGGAUUUGACAAUGGAGGCAUUCGGCCAAGACCUAUGGCUGGCGUGGCUGAGCAGCCGUCGCGAGAACCCAUCGUGAUCUCUGCAGCGGAUGUCGAGCCAGAGCAUCAGGUCUCGGAGUUGCAGCUUGAGAAGCACAACCAGAAGGUUCACAUCCUGUAG